AAUGCGGUUGUGUAAUGCAAGCAAGGCAGAACUUGCCUUUCACAUCAGCACAACCUGCAUGCUGGAGUAUUUAAAAUGAAACAUCCCGGAGAAUGAGCCGAAGAGAGGCGAGUGUUCUCAAUCUAGACCUAACUAACUAAUUUAGCGGUAAAUCUUUUUAUGAGAGAAUGCAAUAAUAGCAGUAAUGAUAAUAACAACAAUAAUCAUAUAAUUACACUUAUGUUUUUAUUUGUUUUGCAAAGUAAAAAGCUUUCAGUCAAGCCUGUUUUGAUUAUUAUAACACUAUUAGGUAUUACAUGAGAGGAAAAUGAUUAUAAGAGAGGGAAGUUAAGUGAUUGGAGUCUUAUAUCUUGACUUUAUUUUAAAAUAUUAUGUUUCUUGCUCUUUUUCAUUAACGCUUUCACCGACAUGAUUGAUGAUUUAUCUCGUCAUUUAAAAAAAACGGUUCCCCGCCAAACGAGUUAUAACGGCAAUCAGUGGUUAUACUGUUGUACAGCAGGUGGCGCUGUUACACACAUUUCGGGAAAAUACAGAAUCCCAGAACCUAAGUUUAUUUCUUAUCGGUUUUUAAUGAUUGUUCUGAGUGUAAUCUGUGCGGAAUCUUUGACAAAAAAAACCUUAUUGACUCAAAAUUAUCUUUUAAUCAAAGUGAUGCAUUUUUGAAGAAACCUACCCACAUCUAAGGAGUGAUAAAAAAGAUCUAAUCAAGAUUGAAGAAUACGGUUUCGUUUGUUUAAAAGCAGAGACUGUGUUCUUUCAUUGGACAUAUUGUUUGUCCAUAUAUUCUUUACAGAAAAUGUAGUGUGAGCCAUCAAAGUUUGGUUAAAAUGUAAAAAAAACACUGGCGUAGGCUGGCAACUUUUUUUUUAAAAGGCUGACGGGGAUAGAGUUAAACUGAAAUGCUGCUUAAUGCUUCUGUCAAGAGAUUUGUUUACAUUUUUAAAAAAAUGCCUCUAAUGUACCUGAUUUAUUUAUUUUUAUUUGUAUUUAAAAGUUUCUAGAGAGAGAGUAUUUGUGUGAUUCGAGUUGGACAGAAUCAGCAAACUUAAAGAGAGUAACCAGUUGGUUCAAGUUCAUUAAAGCAAAUUUCAAAAGCUGAAUUGAUUUUAUUCAUUACGUAAAUUAUCUAUAACUCAAUGUUUUAACUAGUUGCAAAAGCUGAAUAAUCAUUAAAAACGUACUGAUUAGUCAUCAAAAUAAUAGCCGAUUAGUCGAUUAAUCGAUCUAAUAAUCGUUAGAUUAGUCGACUAUCAAAAUAAUCCUUUGUUGCAGCCCUAUAUGCUGGUAACAUGUUUCGUUAUGGAUUCAUAUGAAGCAUUGCUACUUAAAAAGCCGUUUACACGUGUGUAUUUAAGUUUUCUGCAAUCCAUUAAAAUCUUUACUGUCAUGAUUCCGCUAUCAGGCCAUGUUUCUUCUUGUUCUUGCAGCGGAUUCAUGGCAUAGCCUUAAGUUAUGUGGAGGGAGAGAUAGUAGCGUAGUAAGAGUAGUGUAGUAAGAGUAGUGUAGUAAGAGUAGUGUAGUAAGAGUAGUGUAGUAAGAGUAGUGUAGUAAGAGUAGUUAAGUAAGAGUAGUUAAGUAAGAGUAGUUAAGUAAGAGUAGUUAAGUAAGUGUAGUUUAGUAAGUGUAGUUAAGUAAGUGUAGUUAAGUAAGUAAGUGUUUGUUUUCUUAGUUUAGUCAGUCUGUGUCCUUGUAUUAGUUAAUCGUUUUUACGGUCCUGUUUUCCCCCUCGUGGGUUUUGGUUUGUCCUCUUGUAGUGUCAUUUUUGUAUAUUAAAUAUCCUGUUCAACCCCGUCCGUGUGUUCUGCCUGCAUUUGGGUACUUCCCCUCCCAGUUUCAUGACACUCUACGAUGGCAAAAUUAAAAUGUUGGGUGUGAAAUGAGAUUUUUUGCAUUUGCCUCCUAAACUUUGGAAAGAAAUUGUCACAUAAUGCAUAAUAUAAUUUUAUACUUCAAUUAUAUUAGACAAAAUUCUAACGUUUUUUCUUCAGAAAUGUUAUGAACAGCAGCGACGCUAACUUUUCUUCAUUUGCUUUCUGUUUCAUCUCGGGGUGACAAUCCGGCGGUAUUCUGAGAUAAUGCCUGCUCAAGUUUGGAUCUCUAUGAAUCCUUAAAGAAGACUACAGACGACCCAACACAUGUGGAGAGAUGAUUCCAACCCCUGUGCUGACUUCAGAUGACAAAGAUCAACAGCAUGAGAAUGUGGAGGCAUGCAUAGAUGUAUCGCUGGUGAAUAAGCAGGAGGAACCAGAGGUUAAUAUAGAGAUGAAGAGCAAUGGAGACGUCAACAGAGAAUCAGGACGAGCCGAUCGUGCUUCUUCACUUCCGUCUGCGGACAACUGCCAUGCAUGUAAAUACUUCACAGGACAUCAGAAGGGGAUCAAAUGUGUGUAUAAAGUCAAAUAAAAGGUUUAAAAACACACUUAAUAAUCUGUUUGUUGUCUGAAGAAUUAGGCCUACUGUAAUGACCACCUGCUCUGCUUUUGUUUUAUUGGAAGGCGCCACUAGAGGGUGCCAGGGAAAUUAAGGGUAAAGUUGCAGAGCAGCACUAAGUUUAUUUUAAAUAUGUAAUUUAGUUUCCCCUUUUUUGGUAAUAGCGAGACGAGGUAUGUUUUAUUCAUUUUGCAUUUAAUGCUAUUGUGUUUAUUUCCUAUUUUGAUGAUGGAAGUAAUUCUGUUUGAGUUUAAUUAUGUUAUGUUUCUUUUGUAUAGUUUUACGGUGAUAAAAGCAACAUGGCUGAAUAAAACUGCUAACACCCGUCAUAACUCUCUGCCUAAUAUUUCGAAUGCCAAAGGGGCAGCUACAGUAAAACUCUACCGCUCCUGUUUCAUCGCGUGAGUGCAACGGGACGCUGCAUCUGCUUUCAUCGCAACGCUGCUGUUCCACGUGUGGGUGACGCGACGCGGCAUUUGAGGCUUUCACAGCAUCGCCGCUGUUUCUCCGUGCGAGUGUGACGCGAAGCAUUGUUGGAAGCUUUCACCGCAUUGCUGCUGUUUCAUCACGUGAGCAAAGGAUUAAUCGUGACAUCUGACGGCCAACGUGUAACUGUGUGCACCAUAGAUAAGUCAACAGCAAGGUUACACUCUAUUGCUUCAAAGAAUUACACUUCAUAUGGAGAAAGGGAAAGAUAAGUGAAUCAAAGCAAAUACGGUAUCUUGUUUUUUGUGUGAUUGUAUUGAAAUUUGGGACACUUGACAAUUUAAAUGCCUUUGAGAUUUUACUGUGAAACUCAAAGAUUAUAAAUUGUUAAAUUUGCAUACGGAACUACAGAUUAUAUCCAACCUUAAUGAUAUGGUGUAUUCACUGCAUGUAUACGAUAUAUAUAUAUAUGUAUGUAUGUUGAACAGGAAAUUUGCCUUAUUGCUGUCUGCUAAACAUUUGAGUGUCUAAACCAAAGAUGUCUGAUGCGAGUGGGUCACAGCUCUUUAACUCUGAAAAGAAAGUGGAAGACACAAUUAAGCAAUUAACAGUGUCAGUAAGUCAAAUCCCUACCUCCACAGAGGAAUUAAGUGUUUCACCCAGAGAGCAACGUGUCAGAUCAAGUUCACGUAAGGGAAGUUUGACAGAGAAGGGCCUAGAAAUGCAAAGUCAAAAGGCGAAGAAGCAUGAGAAAGCCUUUUACAAGGCUUAUGACUCUUGGAAACAGACGGCUAAGGAAUCUAGGUCUAAAUUAAAAACCCUGUGCUCACUGGAGGAUCUUGAAAGUCUCCAAAGACACAUUCAGUGCAAACUUGAUGCAGUUAGCCAGUGUUACACUCCUUUGUUACGUAAUCAGACUACAACUCCGGAUAUUGUUAAAGGGAUUGAUGCCUGUACUACACUUACUGCCGAAAUCUGUGAUUUGGUGAGCAGACGAAUGGAAACCAUUGAUGAGAGCCCUAAUGAAAAGGUUGUGAAAGAGAGAGCAAGACAAAUCCUAAACAAAGACGAGUUUGAAUCCAUCUUUGGUUGUACAAACACAGAUACUGUGUUUCAGAGCCGUCAAGUGCAGAGAGCCAGUCAAGGAUUUCCUCCAGGGUUUCCAGUAAGAGGGCUGACGCAGAAGCAGAACUUGCUGCCAAAGUUGAGCAAGCUACGGCCAUGCAACAAAUUCAUAAGCAGCAAGAAAAUUAUGCCAAAUGGAGAAUGACUGGAAGAUUAAAGAAGCUAGAAUGCUAACAGAGAUGAAAGAAAGGGAAACAGUAAUGUGCCUAAGAAUAGAGCAAGAGAGAAAAAAGUUGGAGAGGUUGAACGCCGAGAAGGAAGUCAAAGUCGCAGCAGCUCGCAUGAGGGUGUACAAUGAUGUCGAGAGCUAUCCUGAAGAGUUCGAGGAGGGCAGAGUUACUGAAACUGACAUCAAACCCCAGCUUAAUCCUGAGGUAGAGUCAUUUCAUCCUCAGCAAACAGUUCCUGAGGUGCUUACUGCUCAAGAGUCAGUGAACGUAGUACAAGCAUUAGUGAACUCUCUAAGUAUAAGUCGAUUGCCUAUUCCAGAGCCCGCGACUUUCAGUGGUGAUCCUUUGAAAUUCAUUGAUUGGAAAUUGUCCUUUACGACACUCAUCGACCGUAAAUUAAUUCCAGCAGGGGAAAAGAUGUUCUACUUGAAAACAUAUCUUUGUGGUGAAGCACGGAAGGCAGUUGAAGGAUUCUUUUAUCGUAAUUCUGAAGAUGCGUAUAAGGGAGCCUGGAAGGUUCUCGAAGAACGGUAUGGAAAUCCCUUCAUUGUCCAAAGAGCCUUUCGCGAAAAGCUCAUGAAGUGGCCUAAGGUAGGAGGGAAUGACCCUGCGUCACUGCGGGAGUUCAGUGAUUUUCUACAGGGCUGUGUAGAAGCCAUCCCACACGUGAAGGGUUUAUCCAUUCUAAACGACUGCGAGGAGAACUACAAACUUCUCAAAAAAUUACCAGAUUGGAUAGUGCGAAACUGGAAUAAGAUUGUGGUUGACGAAUUGGACUCGUCCGGGGACUACCCAAGUUUUAAGCGAUUUUCAGAGUUUUUGCAAAAGGAAGCUAAGCUAGUCUGUAACCCGGUUACCUCUUCACUGCUCAUGAGUGCUAAAGUUUCUGACGAGAGAUACCCCAAAAGAGCUAAAGCUUUCCAUACAAGAGUGCAAGUUAAGGGUUCAACACAAAGGACACCUGAAGUUCAACAAUGUCCUGUUUGCAAAGGUGAAGCGCACAACAUUGCUAAAUGUCCCAUCUUCGCAGUAAAAUCCAUAGAUGACAAAAGAUCUUUCAUUCGGGAGAACCACCUCUGUUUUGGAUGUUUGAAGAAGGGGCACAUCACCAAAAAUUGCAAAAGACGACACACGUGUGGUACGUGUGGCCUACGCCACCCAACUUGCUUACAUGAAGAACGAGACAAAAACAAUGUGAGGACACUAAAGUCAAAUCCUUAUGUAGAACACUCAAGUCAAGAAAUACAAACUGUUAUGUCUCAUGCCUUGACCCAACAUGCUUCUGCAACCUCUAGUAUUGUUCCUGUCUUCAUCUCGCUGCAGAGGAUCCCCAAAAUGAAAUUCUUACAUAUGCGCUACUGAAACUCAGAGCGAUACGACUUUCUAUUUAAAGGAUUUCCUUGAUGAGCUACAUGUAAACUGUGAAGAAGUGAAGUUGAGGCUUAGCACUAUGACUACUACUGAUACACUCACUACCAGUCACAAGAUCAGAGGCCUAAGGGUCAGAGGACUGCAAAGUGAGAAAUGCAUUCAGGUUCCACAAGCCUAUACUUGCGAUUUUAUUCCAGUGGACAAGGCUUACAUACCAACUAAGAAGACAGCAUCGCAAUGGCCUCACCUCAAGCACAUAGCCCAUGAGAUACCUCCUCUUCAGAGCUGUGACAUAGGGAUGUUGAUCGGAUACGAUUGUCCUUCAGCUUUAGCUCCUUUAGAGGUUUUCACUGGCGGUGACAACGAGCCCUUUGCCCAGAAAACAAGUAUAGGAUGGAGCAUCAUAGGUCGUUGUAAUACUCAUCUUGACAGGCAAGGUAACCAAAGCUUUGUGCAUUGAGUUUCAGUGAAAGAAGUGUCAGUCCCAUCUGCAAACGAUGUCCUAAAGGUAUUAGAGUCAGACUUUAAUGAGAAGCAUCCGGAGGACAAACAUGUGUCUCAAGAAGACAUCCGGUUCAAACGUCUUCUCAGUGAUAACGUUCAGCACAAAGAGGAUGGACAUUACCAGCUGCCCCUUCCCUUCAAGAGUAGCAGCGCUCCUUUACUCCCCAACAACAAAAAGCUUGCCAUGGCACGACUACAGCACCUAAAGAAAAGACUGAAGAACAACCAAGAGUAUUAUGAAAGUUACAAAACCUUCAUGCAGGAAAUGUUCAACAAAGGAGAAGCGGAACCAGCUCCUACACUUUCUGAGGAUGAAAUAGCAUGGUACAUUCCCCAUCAUGGAUUUUACCACCCUCAAAAGCCAGGCAAGUUGAGAGUGGUGUUCGAUUGCUCUGCAAGAUUUUGUGGUGUUUCCCUUAAUGACAUACUCCUUACUGGCCCAGACUUGAUUAACUCCUUGGUGGGAGUCCUUUUCCGUUUCAGGAGAGAAACAGUCGCUGUGACAUGCGACAUUGAAAAGAUGUUCCAUCAAUUCUUUGUUCCCCCCGAGGAAAGAAAUUAUCUGAGAUUCUUAUGGUGGGAGGACGGAGAUCUGGGAAGAGAACCGCGAGAAUACAGAAUGGCCGUACAUCUUUUCGGCGCAGCUUGGUCUCCUGGAUGCGCCAAUUUUGGCAUUAAAUACUUGGCAGAGCAAUACAAGUCACAGUAUCCCACAGCUGCAUCUUUCAUUCAGAAAAACUUCUACGUGGACGAUGGCCUGAUGUCUGUUCCUUCGAUUCAGAAAGCUGAGAAGCUAAUUGUUGAAGCCCAAACAUUGUGCAAGCGUGGAGGCUUACGUCUUCAUAAGUUCAGCUCUAAUAAAAAGGAGGCUUUACAUUGUGUAGAUCCAUCUGAAUGGGCAAUACCCACCAAACCGCUCAAUCUCCAUCCUGAGGCAACAGGAUGUGUUCUUGGCAUUCAGUGGGCUGUGAAGGAUGAUACGUUUAGAUUUGAUGUCAAACUGAAAGACCACCCUUCAACUCGUCGUGGAAUCCUGUCUGUCACUGCUUCCUUGUAUGACCCUCUGGGGUUUCUUUCCCCAUUCUUUCUGAAAGGAAAGAUAAUUCUUCAGGAGCUCUGCCGCAGAAACAUUGGUUGGGACAACCCCCUUCCAGAGGACAUAAUCCCAUGGUGGGAGAAGUGGAAGAGUAGUCUUCAUGAGCUGAAGCAUAUCAGCAUUCCGAGAUGUUACCACCCACCAACCUUUGGUACAAUCAUUAGAACAGAACUGCACCACUUUCAGAUGCAAGCAAUCGAGGUUAUGGUGCAUGCUCUUAUCUUAGGUUCAAGAAUGAAAGGGAUGAGGUACACUGCAGUCUAGUAAUGGCCAAGGCUAGAGUUACUCCCACAAAAACUCAGAGUAUUCCAAGAUUGGAAUUGUCUGCAGCUGUUGUUUCAGCAAAAUUGAGUGCUAUGUUAAAGACCGAACUGGAGAUGAAGAUUAAUCAGGAAUUCUUUUGGACUGAUUCCCAGGUUGUGUUGGCAUAUGUCAAAAAUGAAGCCACAAGAUUUCAUGUGUUUGUUGCAAAUCGCAUACAGUUAAUCAGGAGAAUCACAGAUGUAAGCCAGUGGUAUUAUGUCAACACUUCUAAGAAUCCCGCCGAUCAUGCCUCCAGGGGCCUUUAUGCCUCAGACAUAUCCACAACUUUUUGGCUGUCAGGACCAGAGUUCCUAUGGGAACCAGAAGUUCUUUCAACGACCCACUUCUCAAAUGAUUUACUCGUUGGAGAUCCUGAGGUCAGAUUAACUCAAACCUUCGCAACCAAAGUCAGUGAUAGUUCGGACUUGCUUAGCCGAUUCAAUCGUUUUUCCUCUUGGAUAACACACAUCAAAGUUGUUGCUAGAAUAAAGAGGCUUGUUUCAGCACGGAAAUACCCCAAUGACAUCAUCACCGUGGAAGAAUGUGAAAGAGCUUCAGAGGCUGUGAUUAAGAUUGUCCAACAGGAAGCUUUCUCCCAAGACAUUAGGGUGAUUCAAGGAAGAAAUGUUCUUCAGAGCACAAGUGCACUUUUCUCCCUUGAUCCCAUCAUGAAGAGAGGUCUUCUUUGUGUAGGUGGAAGAUUGAAACAGUCUUCUCUGAGUGAAGAGUUAAAACACCCAGUGAUUCUGCCAAAAGACAGCCACAUAGUUAAACUUAUUUUGGCCCAUUAUCAUGCCAAGGUCUGUCAUCAGGGACGCUAUAUGACACUCAUGGAGCUCAGAGCAAACGGAUUCUGGGUUAUCGGUGGUAGUAGAUCUGUUGCUAAAUUGAUUCAAGGAUGUGUCCAAUGCCGUAAACUCAGGCGGCCAACAGAAGAACAGCAAAUGGCUGAGCUGCCCAAGGAACGGGUCGAAGCCUCUGCACCUUUCCUCUACACUGGCAUGGAUUGCUUUGGUCCGUUUAGUGUAAAAAGGUUUCGGAAAGAGCACAAGAGGUAUGGAAUCAUUUUCACCUGCCUUUCAUCACGAGCGGUUCACAUUGAAAUGCUCGAAGAUCUGUCAACAGACACAUUUAUCAAUGCCUUGAGAUGCUUCAUUAGUCUCAGAGGAGCCGUUCGGCAACUUUUCUGUGACUGUGGAACGAACUUCGUAGGAGCUAGAAAUGAGCUUGGAAAUGCUCUCAAAGAGUGUGAUGUCAAGAGUCUGGAGUUGUUUCACAAUGAAAAACAAUGUGAAUUUGUCUUCAAUGCUCCCUCAGCAAGUCACACAGGAGGGGUCUGGGAGCGCCAAAUAAGGUCUGUUCGCAGUGUGCUUAAUGCCACACUUUCUCAAUGUCCAGGUAGACUUGACGACUCAUCUCUGAGAACAUUGUUUUAUGAGGCAAUGGCUAUCAUCAACAGUCGUCCAUUGACAAUAGAUGGAAUAAAUAAUCCCAAAUCUCUGGAACCUUUAACCCCAAACCAUCUCAUUCUGAUGAAGUCCAAAAUUGCUCUUCCUCCUCCUGGGAAAUUUCAAAGGGAAGAUAUGUAUGCUUCAAAGAGGUGGCGUAGGGUUCAAUACCUAAUUGAGCAGUUCUGGAGCCGCUGGAAAAGAGAAUAUCUCUUGAACAUUUCUACAAGGCAGAAGUGGCACGUUCCACGUAGAAACCUCAGCGUCAAUGACAUAGUCAUUAUUAAGGAGGACAUGCUGCCAAGAAGUCGGUGGCAGUUAGGUAGAAUCGUUGAAGUCACUCAGGGGAGUGAUGGUUUAGUGCGACGAGUUAAGAUUCAAACUGGUGAGCAAAAACCAACGAGUAAACAAGAGCCGCACUCCAAGCCUACUAUUAUUGAGCGACCAAUUCAAAAGUUGGUGGUUCUGCUUGCGAGUGAGUGAUUUGUCAAACGGUGACACUCUUGUAUCAGACACUUUCUGAAGGUGAUAUAUCAAUGCAUUAUACAUUUUUGUUUGAGCAGUCAUUCAGGUUUAAAAUCAUGUAUCAUUUAUUUAAUUGUUUUGUUGUGUUGUGUUAACACAUUAACAUGAUUGGUGGGAGUGUAAUGACCACCUGCUCUGCUUUUGUUUUAUUGGAAGGCGCCACUAGAGGGCGCCAGGGAAAUUAAGGGUAAAGUUGCAGCACCAUAGAAGAAGUGUCUCACGUGCAUCGCAUAAUCUCACAUCAGAGCAGCACUAAGUUUAUUUUAAAUAUGUAAUUUAGUUUCCCCUUUUUUGGUAAUAGCGAGACGAGGUAUGUUAUAUUCAUUUUGCAUUUAAUGCUACUGUGUUUAUUUCCUAUUUUGAUGAUGGAAGUAAUUCUGUUUGAGUUUAAUUAUGUUAUGUUUCUUUUGUAUAGUUUU